AUGGCCGCCCAACUUUAUAACUUCACCAUUUUUCACUCGCUCUCUUUCAAUAAAUUAUUAUACUCUUCGCCUCACAAUCUCCACACUCGUCACCACCACAGGCCCCGCAAUUUAACUGUUUUUGCCUGUUCAGUAAAGAAACCCAGAGCUAAUAGGAAAGGGAAGAGCGAUGAAGAUCUUUGCAAUGAUAUCAGAGAAUUUUUAUCCAUGCUUGGACUUCCCCAUAGUCAUGCGCUCUCAAUUAAGGAGCUCUCACAGCAUGGAAGGCAAGACCUUGCGAACAUUGUGAGACGUAGAGGAUAUAAAUAUGUUAAACGUCUUCUUGAGACCUCAACAGAGACAAAUGUCAACGGUUCUAAUGCAGAGGAAGAUUUGAUUGGAAAACUGGAGGCACUUGGUGGUUGUGAAGUUUCAACUGGUCAGAAUGAGAAGGCGGAAAUUUUGGCAGAAGGUACUUCCUUAUUAGGUGAAGCUGCCCAGGAAGACUCCACGAAUUGCAUAGAAACAGAUGGACAGCUUAACUCUAAUGACCAAAGUUUAAACUCGGAUUGUUCCACUAAUAUAUCAUUGCAGGAAAAGGUGGCUCAGUUUAUUCAGAGUGGAGAGUUGGAUACUAUUGAAGAUAGUGGCUUUGGGAUUGCAAAAGAAAUAGUUGCAGAAGACGUAGAGGGGGCUAUCGGAUCAGAAGAUACUUUGAUACCAAAAUCGGUUUCCAUGAUUUCUAGCUCUAGUGGUGCCCAAAUGUCAAAUGGAAAUGCCAAGUCAUCACUCCAGAAUCAGAAGGUUGAACAUCCUGUAUUAGAAAAGAGCACUUCCGGAAAUGGCUAUAUCUCAACUCAAGAAGUGGCAAAUGUUGAUUGUCACAAGAAUGAAGAUCUUGAGACCCAAAAAGGGGAUAAUCAUGCUGAAGUUAAGCGCUUGAAGUUUAUGCUGCAUAAGAAGGAGUUGGAAUUGACCCAGUUGAAGCAGCAGGUUGAGAAGGAAAAGCUUGCUUUGUCUGCUUUGCAAACUAAAGCAGAAGCCGAGAUAAGUAACGUACAGAAACUUAUUUCAGACAAAGAUGCAGAAUUACAAUCUGCUGAAGAAAGCCUUUCUGGAUUGAAGGAGGUUGAAGUUGAGUAUUCAGGUGAUGGCGAAACUGUUGAACUGGCCGGUAGCUUCAAUGGUUGGCAUCAUCGGAUUAAAAUGGAUCUACAUCCAUCAUCAAGUAUCAUAAACCCCAUAGUAUCAAGGAAACCUCGGCUCUGGAGGACAGUUCUGUGGCUUUAUCCAGGGGUAUACGAGAUAAAGUUCAUCAUCGAUGGUCAUUGGAGAAUUGAUCCUGAAAAGGAGUCGAUUUACAAGGGCACUGUCCAUAACAAUAUACUCCGAGUUGAUAGAUGA